GAUUCCUGGCGGCUGACAGGCGCAGCGUCCGGCGCCUCACGCGCUCUCUUGCUCGAGGCUUCGAAGCAGGAAUGGGCGGAGCCUAUUGUGAGAUGCGGGCCACUUGAAGCAGCGCAGCCGAGGCGAGCGGAGCUGAAAGGAAUGGCUGCGGCGGCGGGAGGCAGCGAGGAGCCUUUGCCGGGCCCCUCGGGGGUCCGCAGAGGGCGAGGAGGACGAGGUGACGGCGAGGAGGAGGAGGACGAGGCUGAGGAAGCGGCCUUGGCUCCGCUGCGGGAGGCGCUGUCUCUGGAGGAGAUCCUGAGGCUCUACAACCAGCCCAUCAACGAGGAGCAGGCCUGGGCCGUGUGCUACCAGUGCUGCGGGUCCCUCCGGCGAGAGUCGACGCCGGGGCGCCGGGUGGAGAGCCCCUCCGACAUCCGCAUCGCCAGGGACGGCGCCGUCACCUUGGAUCCAGGAGCAGGCCCCGGAGGAGCAGGUAAAUCAGAAUAUUCCCAUUGUUCAGAGACAGAGGUAAUCGAAUCAUUGGGGAUUAUUAUUUAUAAAGCAUUGGAUUAUGGCUUGAAAGAGAAUGAAGAACGUGAGCUAAGUCCUCCUUUGGAGCAGCUUAUUGAUCAUAUGACUAAUGUGACAGAAGCAAAUGGAGGCAGAGAUGAAGGGUAUGAGGCUCUGGAUGAAGGAGAAGAUGAUGAGAACGAGAAAACUGUUCCAGUUAUACAGUCUUACCGAGAUGUCAUGAAGCUCUGUGCUGCCCAUCUACCAACUCGAUCAGAUGCACCAAAUCACUAUCAAGCGGUAUGUCGGGCACUGUUUGCUGAGACAAUGGAGUUGUAUACCUUCUUGGCCAGAAUUAAAAGUGCAAGAGAGAAUUUGAAGAAGAUUCAGGAAAUGGACAAAGGACUAACCGAUGACUCCAGCACAGAUCUUGAUGAAUUAAAAACUGCUGAUUGGGCCCAAUUUUGGGUACAGGUCAUGCGAGACUUGAGAAAUGGUGUGAAACUGAAGAAGGUUCAAGAACGUUUGUACAAUCCUCUUCCCAUAGAGUAUCAGUUGACUCCAUAUGAGAUGCUAAUGGAUGAUAUCCGAUCCAAACGCUAUACUUUAAGGAAAGUCAUGGUCAAUGGGGAUAUCCCUCCGCGAUUAAAAAAGAGUGCCCAUGAAAUUAUAUUGGAUUUUAUUCGUUCUCGACCUCCAUUAAAUCCAGCAUCUGCAAGAAAAUUGAAACCAACUCCACAACGCCCACGUAGCCUGCAUGAAAGAAUAUUGGAAGAAAUUAAGUCUGAAAGGAAGUUGAGACCUGUUUCUCCAGAUGAGAUCAGACGUAGCAGGCUAGCAAUCCGGCCUCUUAGCAUGUCUUACAGUUUUGACUUGUCAGAUGUAUCGACACCAGAGGCUAAGAAAAAAAUGCCAGAAAGCUGUGUAGUCAAUGGCAGCUUAGCAUCUGAAUCAAAGGUGAAUGGCAUUGGUACUACUAUGAUGAUGGUACAACGGAAGAGACUUUUAAAAGCUCCUACUCUGGCUGAACUGGAUAGCUCAGAUUCGGAGGAAGAAUCUGUACACAAAUCAGCCAGUAGCAGUAGUAUCUCUCCCUCACAAAUGGAAGAUACAUUUCCAGAGAUGACAUCUGGGAAAAAGGUGCCUCCGAAAUUCUUGCCGAUAUCCUCCACACCACAGCCGGAGAGGAGACAGCAACCUCAGAGACGCCAUUCUAUUGAAAAGGAAACACCAACCAAUGUACGACAGUUCCUGCCUCCCACAAAACAGAGUUCCAGAUCACUUAUUUCCAGGUUCUUUCCAAGGAUGACCCUCAAAUCACUUUUUGCAACUAUACAUACAGCUUCUCAGCUUAGCUCCCAUCCUUUUGAAGCAGCCCUGUUUGGGGUGGUGAGGACUGUCUAUUAUCUCCUUGAAAGAACAUUUAACAACCAGUGGAAACCUUCAAAGGAGGAGUUUUGCUAUCCGGUGGAAUGCCUGGCUCUCACAGUGGAAGAAGUAAUGCAUAUCCGUCAAGUACUGGUGAAAGCAGAGCUAGAGAAGUACCAGCAGUAUAAAGAUGUCUAUACUGCCCUAAAGAAGGGAAAGCUCUGUUUUUGUUGCCGGAUUCGAAGGUUUUCUUUCUUCACUUGGUCCUAUACUUGUCAGUUUUGUAAAAGGCCUGUAUGCUCACAGUGUUGUAAAAAGAUGCGUCUACCAUCAAAGCCAUAUUCCACUCUUCCUAUCUUUUCUCUGGGCCCGUCUGCUUUACAAAGAGGAGAGAGCUUUAUGAAACCUGAUAAACCUUCUACCAGUCAUCAUAGGUCAUUGAGGGGCCUUCCAAGACUGUCCACAAAGUCCAAGUCUGUAGAUAAGUCAGAUGAAGAAGCCCUGUUUCCAAAGGAACUAAUGGAGGACUGGAGCACAAUGGAAGUGUGUGUGGACUGCAAAAAGUUCAUUUCAGAGAUCAUUAAUUCCAGCCGUCGCAGCCUCUCUCUGGCCAACAAGCGAGCCAGGUUAAAAAGGAAGACCCAGUCGUUCUACAUGGCGUCUCCAGGCACUUCAGAGUACUGCCCUUCUGAGAGGACUAUCAAUGAGGUCUGAGCCUUGUGCCUUUCUCUCUGCUGUCGUCAUGAGGUCCUGAGAGAACCUGUUGAUGAAACCCGAAUGUCUAUUUUUCUCCCUCUCCUUUGUUCUACUUGACAGCUUACAUUUGCAUUAGGUCGUUAAUAUCGCCACUCCAUUUAAAUGACAAAAAAAAGAAAUGGUCAGAAAUCGGGCUAUGCAGAAGGUCGGCCAAUAAACUUGUUUGCACUGGAAGAAAACAACAGUUAGACUGUUGCCUUUUUGUAUGUGUGCAGUGUACAAAGGAAGCCUUUUAUUUUUAUUCUGGUAUGCGUUUUCAAGGAUAAUGUCAGAAUUGUUGUCGUUAAACUAUGUUGGCAUUUGCUACCAACUAACUUGAUAUUUCACUGUGUAGGGGUACACAAGUCCAUGUUGUUGUGUGUGAAAGAGAUUAAGGCUCUUAAUGCCUUAUAGAUGGGAGGGCAAAAUUCCCACUGGAAAAGUGCAUUCUUGCUGCUGAAAUAAUAAUUUAAACUGCUGCCAAGUUUCCCUCCGCUGCUGUCGUACUGUUUCUGAAAUGAAUGCUUGCUGCAGUGGUUCUCUCUAUGAUACAGGAGAGUGCCAGAGUCUCUCUGGCUCCCAAAAGUGGGCUGCCUCCUUCCCUUCCAGAAAAGCAAGAGGAGAUGGCUCUUUGUUUCUUUCUUCGGUGGUGUUUGGGGAGCACCUAUUCCGACAGCACACUUCUAUUGGCAUUGAAGGCAAAUUGGGGGAAGAGGGCAGCCAGGAAAAGUGUGCAUGUGGCCUGCAUGUUGCCCAUCCCUGCCUUGCAUUAUAGACAAAACGUGAUCUUGAUUUGCUGAUGUGCUCAGUGUGUUUGACCAAUUCACGCCAGAGGCUCUAAAGCAGGCCUCUUCAACCUGUGGCCCUCCAGAUGUUUGGACCUCCCAUCUUGCAGAGGCCCUAGCCAGCUUGUCCAGUGGUCAGAAAUUAUGCGAGCUGAAGUCCAAAACACCUGGAGGGACACAGGUUGUGCAGACCUUUUCUAGUAUCUGGGCUCUAGUGUAAAAUACUGAGUAAACUGGAAGUGUUAAAUCUCUUUCACCUGCUGCUGUUCCAGCAUAAUAUAAUUAGUAUGUUCUCAGUGGUAGUAAUUUAUUCCCUGUCUUGAAUGUAUUCUGAAUAUAAGCUGUAGUAAUAGUUUUGCUAGUUGUAACUUUUAGAAUUAAGCAGAAUCAUACUCUUUAUGGGAAAGGUGCAAGAUACAAGUUCAACCUUUUAAUAUUGGUGUGUGUUUUUUUUGUAAAAUAAAGAAUGUUCUCUAGGUGAUA